UUUACAGAAUCAAAAUUAAUUCUACGAGGGGUCAGCGGACAGUUCAAGUCAGGCGAAUUAACGGCAAUACUAGGUCCUUCUGGUGCUGGAAAAUCGACGCUUCUUAAUAUCCUUACGGGUUAUAAAUGCACGGACGUAAGUGGCUCUAUAAGUAUCAAUGGACAACCACGAGAUGUUCGGGAAUUCAGGAAGAUAUCGUGUUACGUCAUGCAAGAAAAUGUUGUGCAGCCGAACCUGACGGUCAUUGAAGCAAUGACAUUCGCCGCCGACCUGAAACUUGGCAAAAACAAAUCCCGAUUUGAGAAAUGCGUUAUCAUAGACGAGAUUCUGGAUACUCUCAGAUUGUCUGCUUCACGAAACACAACCUCGGAGAAACUGUCCGGUGGCGAAAAGAAAAGGCUAAUGAUCGCUCUCGAACUAGUAAAUAAUCCACCGAUUAUCUUUCUUGACGAACCGACCAGUGGUUUGGAUGAACUGUCUUCUUCUCAAUGUAUCGAGCUUCUACAAAAAUUGGCGCAUAUUGGACAUACUGUCAUAUGUUCGAUACACACCCCCAGCGCGAAAAUAUUUCAAAAAUUUGACCACGUCUACGUCAUCACUGCAGGACAAUGCAUGUACAGAGGCAGUGCGAGCAACCUAGUGCCAUAUCUACAAAGCGUGGACAUAAAAUGUCCGAGACAUUACAAUCCCGCAGAUUUCGGUAAGUUUACAAGAAUGUAAAAAAGCGAUCGCACGUUCAAUUACUCUAAAUUGUAAAUUACUCUAAAUUACACUGAUUUCUGCCGAUAUUGUACGCCCAAAAUAAUAGUAUUAAA